GGCGCUAUAACUCCCGAUUCGGUUCUUUACCAGGAAGCAUCAAAUGUCUCAUCUUAGUGGAUUGAUCGUAUCUGACUGGGAAGUGUGACUGCAGCUGGUGGCUUCUUCUCCUCACUCUUCUAAAGCUACUUAGUACCGGUGUUGUAGUUGUCAAUAGGCUGAUUGAUUGGUGAUCAGAGACAGCGAGCGGCCGCCGUAGGACGAACGUUACGCAAUGACAGUGACAGAGUGACUCCUUGGCAGCUAAAACUAGCUAGCAGCUAGCUUAGCGCGGUGAGCGAAGUCAAACUGCUCCGGCUGAGAAGCAAAGAGCUCGACGGAAGACAGAAGCAGCGGCUCGUUUGGUUUCUCCUCCAGUUUUUAGGGUCUUUUCUGUUCUUGGAAUGGCUUUAGUCACGGCAUUGGGACGACUGGCUCACGUUCGGCUACGGGAAUACUCUCGGAGGACGGCGGCAGUAAGUUGGGGAGCUUUUCUGACGGGACGAAGGAACCUGAGUACCGGUACACAACCUCUGAGGUCUGAGAACAAGGUGACGGUUCACUUCAUCAACCGAGACGGAGAGAAGAUCACAGUCAAAGGGUCGCCUGGAGACUCUCUGCUGGAUAUCGUCAUCAACGAAGACCUCGACUUUGAUGGAUUUGGAGCGUGUGAGGGAACGCUGGCGUGCUCCACAUGCCACCUGAUCUUUGAUGAGGAAGUGUACAAGAAGCUGGGACCAGUCACAGAUGAGGAGAUGGACAUGCUAGACCUAGCAUACGGCCUCACCGACACAUCUCGUCUGGGUUGCCAGAUCUGCCUGACGAAGUCCCUGGAGGGCAUGGUGGCCAGAGUCCCAGAGAGCGUAGCCGACAUCCGACAAAGCAAAGACGGAUCUUCUUAACCGGGCGCCUGCAGCCGAGAGACGUGAAUGUAGAGAGUCGGUGCGUCCGGUCAGAUGUUGAGGGUUGACGAGUGCACGGGGACGAUGCAGGCGUGAUUCUGUCGGUGCUGCUACAAAACUGUUUCUUACUAUUUUAUAUUAAAAAAAAAAAACCCCUCCGAGUUAUAGAACACUAGAGACAGCCGUCAGUAACCAGGAAGCAAGAACUCAGAGCUCUAGUGUGGAAUCAUAACAAAGUAUUUAUGAGAUAUAAAUUGUUGUCUCGUAAUAAUCUGUUUUGAAGAAUGUUGGUUUUUUUGUCGCUCUUUCAUUAACCCUCAGACUACAGCUGUCACCUCAGCUGGUGAGCGUGCCUUCCAUUUUUGAAGAAAGUAUCUUUUCCUGUGACUUAAUUUCCACUUUUGAGUAUCAGGUUCUUCUCAUGUGUGAGUCGAGUCAUUUCUAAGGAAAAGGUGCACAGCUGACUGAAAUGUUUGCGCACUGAUGCGACUAACAGUUCCAGAUGCCUGAGAGAAUCUCUUGAUUCUGAAGUCCCCCGUUAUAUUCUGUUUGACCGCAUAUGUAAACCCUACUGUUGUCGUUUUGAUCGAAUCCUUCAUGUAACCACAUCUCAUCAUGUGAUUGUACAUAGAGUACACAUAUAACCAUGUAUAGAGUGAAUAUAAGUAAUAAAAUUCACAUUUUUAAA